AGGCUCUAAGUGCGACCCAACGAGAAGCCAGCUUUCUUUUUUACCUUGGGAAAUGGCACCUGGGCGGGCCUGGUUGUUGCGAAUGAGAAGUACUUUGGGUUUGUGUCUAUGAUUGGCAUCGUCUCGGCCAAUCGGAUGCGGCCGUUGUGCACUAUGGGGUGGGCUUUCUCUCAGGCUAAGGACUAGGAGGCCGAAGAUCGAUUUGUCCGUGUGAGGAGGAGGAGGAGGAAGGGGGGCUAGAAGCGAAAGAGAAAAUGGCGGCCGCGGCUGGUGCGCCUGGGUCGGGGGAGGGAGGAGAAGCUGAGCCAGACAGCGAGCCGAUCCCUGGAGAUGGCGGGCCGGACGGAUACGUGCAGGCCGCGGGAGAGCCGGACCGCAUCGCAGAGGAGCCUGGCUGUGAGGAAGCCCACGUCCCGGACGAUGGAAGCAGAGACGGAGAGCCGGGGCUGCGGCUGCCUGAGGACGGGAAGGUGCCGGGUUGCGCCGGUGCUGAGGUCACCUGUCCGGCGAGUGGAGAUGAGGGAGCCGGCUCUGACCCUGGCGCCCUGGAGGCCGCACCGGGCCCCUGGCCCAUAAGAGUGGGCACCGUGGACGUACAGAUCUCAGAGGUGGGCACUGGAGACCCGGGGGAGCAGCAGGAAGAGGGGCCCGUUUCACUAAGGGAGCAAUGCCCCCAUGCCCCCUACCCUGGAGGUCUCUCUGAGGACAGUCCAUCAGCUAUGGUGGAACUGGCUGAGAGGGAGGAUGUUGAGACCCCCUCCUUAGAGGCAGAGCAUCCUCAGGUACCAGUGACCCUGCAGUUGUCAUCCUCACCCAAAGGUGUGGCUGUCCAGCAGGAGGGUGCCCCUGAGGAAGUCCAAGAGAUGCAGGAAGCGGACCAGGAGGGGGUAUUGCAAGAGCCUGGCCUAGAACUUGAAGUAGUAGAGACUGUUCCCAUUGAGGUUCUGGACACACAGGACCCUGCUCCAGUCGGGAUGCUACACAUCCAGGAACCGACCCCUGGCGGACUGUUGCAUGUUCAAGAGCCCUCGCUUGUGGAUGUCCCGUACACACGAGGGCUUAUCUCCGAUAUCGGGUCACAGCUAGAGACUAUUCCUUUGGAGGUGUCUCACCUACAUGAGACAGUUACUGAUGUGCUGCUUCCAGUACAAGAGUCUACUUUUCAAUUGAUCCAGGAACCUCCUGCCCCUGAGGAUGUUCCACUUGUGGGUUUACUAGAUGAGGCGCAAGAGCCAGUCCCUGAAAUUAUGCAGGAGUUUGUCCCUGGGGUUGUUAUGCACUUGCAGGAUUCGGUACGAGAGGUACAUCAGCCAAUUGCUGAAGUGGUUCAGUUCAUGGAGGACUUGCUGUGUGAUGGGCAAGAGCCUACCCCUGAGAAGCGGGAGCAGAUUUCUGUUUCUGAGGUUGCUCUGCUUGUGGAGGAUUCGCUACCCGAGAUGAAAGAGCCAGUCCAUGAAUUGAUGGCACAGCAACUUGUUCAUGAAAUUGUUCCCACCAUGGUAGAUUUAGUAGAUGAGGUGGUAGAGCCAGUGUUUUUUUCGCUCAUGGACAAUUCAGUAGGGGAGAUGCAAGAGCCAGCCCCUGAGACUUUUCAGCUCAUGGAGUGUUCACUUGAUGAGGCACAAGAGCCAGUCUCCAAGGUUUUCUGUCUCAUAGAGGCAAAACAGUCAGUCCCUGAGGUGAUGGCACAGGAGCUAGGCUCUGCUGUGUUGGCAGAGCCUGACGUGAUGUUGCACUUGCAGCAUAAAGUCCCAUUGGAAAAUACACUAGAAGAUGAAACCGUCCCUGGAUCAAUUGUUUUUUUGUCAGAACCAGACCCUGUCCAUACAGACGCUGAAGCAGUGGCCAAGACUGCAGUGGCCGCUGUCAAUUCAAUCCAUGAACCUUGCAACAAGAGCUUUGAUCCAUUAGAUAGUGAUAAUGAUUGUGUGCCUAAACCAUUUCAUAAUAAAAUACAACAUAAACUUGAUACAGUCUCUGCGAAGGAAGUACUUGAUUUAGGCAUGGUGGAAAACUCCCAUGAAGCUCAUCCUGUGUCUGAACAAUGUAGUGAACUUGGGGUGGAGGUCAAGCUUUUCUUGCAACCAGUCCUAAAAAAUCUUGAUGAAGGGCCAAAUAACGAGGACUUUAGUAUUGGCUGUCAUUUUUUAUCUAAUACAACAGAGAUUCAAGCAUUACCUUCUCCUGGAGAGACAUCUGUGCAAUUAAUUUCUGAAACUAAGUAUGAUUUAGUCCCUGGCGACAGUUGGUCACCUAGUGAACUGGCGCCUGAAGAUGUAGUGACUUCGGUGACCAGUGCCAUCAGCUUGCCACAAACAACUUUGGAAAAAGAGCUGGACUCUCCAUCCAUUUCUAUGGAAACUGAGCCUAAAAUGGAAACUACUUCUGAAUGUACAAAGAUUGUACCAUUGUCUCCAGAUGUUGAAUAUGAUCCAUUUUAUAGGGACACUGAAAUAGAGCAGGUUCCUGUUUGUGAAAAUGAGGGCUCUUCUCACCAUGUCUCUAUGGACACUGUGCUGGGACAACUGGAGGCAACUAGAAUGACCUCAAAUACUGCACAGCUUAAAGAUGGCGAUGAACUCUGUUUGGAGGAACCAAAGCCUCCCUCCAUUAAUUCUGGCAUGGAUGCUUGUAUGGACAAUACUAAUAAAGGCCAAGGGAUUCUGCCUGCAUCAGAGAAACUUAUCACUGGUGGAAUUGAUGGUCUCAUUCCUGGUUCUGAAGUUCAGGUUACUCUUGACCACCUCAUUCAGGAUGCAUUGGUGGUUUCCUUCCGGCAUGGAGACAGAAUCUUCUCAGGGGUCCUAAUGGAUCUGUCAAAAAGGUUUGGACCACAUGGAAUCCCUGUAACAGUUCACCCUAAGCGAGAAUACAAAAACAAACCGGCGGAACCCAUUCAGCUACAGAGCACAUCAUUCCAGGAAGACGCAUCAUUGAAAAAUGAGAACGAAACUGUCACUAUGGAUGUUUCCCCCGUCCAGUCCGAUGAGCCCUGUGGAGUUCAUAACCUGUGGACUUCGAAGCCUCCUCCGCUUUUUCAUGAAGGAGCACCAUAUCCUCCUCCUUUGUUUAUCAGGGACACUUAUAACCAGUCAAUACCUCAACCUCCACCACGUAAAAUUAAGAGACUCAAAAAGAAAAUAUACAGGGAAGAGCCCACUUCGAUAAUGAACGCUAUCAAACUUCGGCCCAGGCAGGUGUUGUGUGAUAAAUGUAAAAAUGUUGUGGCGGAUAAGAGGGAGGUCAGGAAGACUGGUAGUGACUCUUUUAAGCUGGAAGAAGGGAAACGGAGGAGGCAUGAAAGUGUAACUACUGUGAAUAAAAAACUUAAAACUGAUCACAAAGUAAAUGGCAAAAGCCAGAGCGAAAGUCAGAAACGGAAUCCGGUGUCCAAGGUUACAAAUCUCAGCCAAGGGCGAGGAAAAGUGGUAAAAAUGGCUUCUCAAACAAAUUCCCCUAAAGCUCAACUGCACACGAAGAAGGUGCUCCAGAGUAAAAACAUGGAUCAUGCGAAGGCUCGGGAAGUGUUAAAAAUGGCCAAAGAAAAGGCACACAAAAAGCAGAAGGAUGCAUCUUCCUCUAAAAAUGCACACGGUAAAGUCCACAUCGCAAGGCGCCUUCAGAACACGAGCUCAGGAACCCUCCCACCCAGACUACGCAUAAAACCUCAAAGGUACCGCAACGAGGAGAACGACUCUUCGCUCAAGAUCGGACUUGAGAGCUUGCGAAGCAGCAAGAUGAGUAUCAAGCCCCAGACUCGCUACACUGCCACCCGAUCAGCAGGUGAGGGCCCCUCAGAAAUAAAGACCCCCCCAAAUGUCCCAGAAGAGGUCAGCAGUGAUAUUCAGAACACGAGUGUCUGUAUAACGCCUGCCGAGCAGGAGCCGCAGCAAGAGCUGAGCAAGCGAGGCAGCAAAAGCAAUAUCACAGUUUACAUGACCUUAAAUCAAAAGAAAGCAGACUCUUCCAGUGCAUCAGUGUGUAGUAGUGAUAGUACAGAUGAUUUAAAAUCCAUCCAUUCUGAGUGUAGUUCUACUGAAAACUUUGAUUUCCCCCCAGGCAGCAUGCAUGCACCUUCAUCUUCCUCUUCAAAAGAAAAGAAAAAGUUGACCAAUUCCUUGAAAAUAAAGGUGUUCUCCAAAAAUGUUUCUAAAUGCAUGACCCCUAAUGGGAGGACCAUAUGUGUUGGGGACAUUGUUUGGGCAAAAAUAUAUGGCUUUCCCUGGUGGCCUGCCCGUAUACUUACCAUAACUAUCAGUCGAAAAGAUAAUGGGCUUCUUGUGCGGCAGGAGGCCCGCAUAUCAUGGUUUGGUUCCCCAACAACAUCCUUUCUUGCUCUAUCACAGCUGUCCCCCUUUUUAGAAAACUUCCAGUCCCGAUUUGACAAGAAGAGAAAGGGUCUUUACCGCAAGGCCAUUACAGAGGCAGCUAAGGCUGCCAAACAGCUCACUCCAGAGGUGCGGGCCCUCCUGACACAAUUUGAAACGUGAUCCCUCCCACAUAUAAGCUAAUACAAACUAGGAGCUGCCUGCGGGAAUUUCAUGAUGGCGCCCCCCAGUGGAAUUUUCCUAUGGUACAUGGAAGUAAAAGGACUUUUGUCUGAGAUAGUGUGAAGUAUAAAAUCCCGAGCUGUGAGAAAAAUAAUGUAUACCUUAUACAGAUUGUUAUAUCUAUUGUACAUUAUAUUUAAAAAGAGAAAAAUAGUGGUAAGAAAAUAUUACAACAUGGAACGCAUGAAUCUGUAAAAGAAAUCAGUUCAGUAAUAUGUUUCCCAACGGACGCUUUCUCAUUUCUUUUGAAACUUUUCAUCAAGGACUUUUAUUCAUGACGAAGAUUAAUGAGUUCCUUCAAGAGACUACAGUUUGUUUCUUUAUAUUUAAUUUGUGACGUUGUGUAUUUACAUUGUGUGUGCGUGCGUGUGUGUGUGUGUGUGUGUGUGUGUGUGUGUGUGUGUAUGUGUGUGUGGAAUUUACCAGUGUUGAACACAGCUUAAAGCAACUGGAUGAGGAAUAUAGGUGCAGAUUGAAGUGGGACCAAGUUAUUUAUAGGUAGGUGUGAAGGCUCACUAGUUGGACGUUAAUGCAUUUUGUGUCUUUUAACCACAUAAAUGCUGGUUUUCAUGCCGCAAAUGCACACCAGUCAUCAUACGCAUUUUUUGCCUUGCUGACAGAGACACAUUAACCACUUAUGAACCCUUGUGACACGUGGAACGGGACAGGGGUAGGUGAUGCUGUGUAGAUGCAGUAAGGGUGUCCUAAGGGAAGUACUAAACAGACACAAACACAUCUGUUUGGAGUCAAUGACUUGGGGGGUCAAUCUGAGUUGAUCGCUCGCUGCCAUUUUUCGCAGCGCAGCUAACAGGUUACUACUGCGCAUGCGUAUGCACCGCACUGCGCAGGCGCGUCGUACGGGUAAAAAGCGGAUCGUUGCUGGGUGGUGGAUUUAACAAAGAAUCCAUUCGCACAGCCGAUCGCAAGGAGAUUGACAGGAAGAGGGCAUUUGUGGGUGGCAACUGACCGUUUUCAGGGAGUGUUUGGAAAAACGCAGGCGUGUCCAAGCGUUUGCAGGGCAGGUGUCUGAUGUCAAUUCCGGGACCAAAAAGACUGAAGUGAUCACAAGGGCUGAGUAAGUCCAGAGCUACUCAGAUACUACAAAAAAAAGUUUUCGUCCCGCUCGGCUGCACACGCGUUCGCACACUUGCAAUGCGAAAAUACACUCCCCCAUGGGCGGCGACUAUGCGUUUGCACGGCUGCUAAAAGUAGGUAGCGAGCGAUCAACUCGGAAUGAUGUCCUUGAGGUUAUUGGACCCCUAGUGCAAUUUGCGCUUUGAUUAUGAUGAUGACCAUCGCCUGCAUCUGAUUGGCUGGAUGUCUACUGUAAAUACUUCACAAUUAUGCUAAGCUAGUGAUAUUGCUGCUGUAAUGUAUUGCAGGAUAACAAUGAAUUGAGUGAUUUGUUUGCAUUAAUGAAGUAUGUUUACUAGUCAGUUUUUACAGGGGGAGACGGCUGAUAUGUUUCUUAUGGUGUACGUUCAAAAAAAUUAUAUGUUUGACUAUUUGUACUAUUUAUUAAUUACACUCCGUCCAUAUACACAUUAUGGGCCUAAUUCAGAUCUGAUCGCAGCACCAAGUUUGUUAGCUAAUGGGCAAAACCAUGUGCACUUAAGGGGGGAGGGGGUGGCAGAUAUAACAUGUGCAGGGAGAGUUAGAUUUGUGUGAGGUGUGUUUAAACUGAAAUCUAAAUUGCAGUGUAAAAAUAAAGCAGCCAGUAUUUACCCUGCACAGAAACAAUAUAACCCACCCAAAUCUAACUCUCUCUGCAAAUGUUAUAUCUGCCUCCCCUGCAGUGCACAUGGGGCCUAAUUCCAAGUUGAUCGCAGCAGGAAUUUUUUUUAGCAGUUGGGCAAAACCAUGUGCACUGCAGGGGAGGCAGAUUUAACAUGUGCAGAGGGAGUUAGAUUUGGGCGUGGUGUGUUCAAUCUGCAAUCUAAUUUGCAGUGUAAAAAUAAAGCAGCCAGUAUUUACCCUGCACAGAAAUAAAAUAACCCACCCAAAUCUAACUCUUUCUGCACAUGUUAUAUCUGCCCCCCCCCCCCUGCAGUGCACAUGGUUUUGCCCAACUGCUAAAAAUUUCCUGCUGCGAUCAACUUGGAAUUACCCCCAUUGCCUAUUAGCAAACAAAUGUGCUGCUGCGAUCGGAUCUGAAUUACCCCCUAUGUACUGACUUUUGAGUAGGCUGGCGUUCCCAGUUGGCCUCCUGUCAUGUUUAUACUCAGCUCUGCUUGGGUAUCAAAGUGUGAUUUUUCAUUUAUUUUUUUAAUUCCGGAUGUAUUUUGCGUUUGCGAUUAGAUGCAAAUUACGUCCAACUCAGAACAGGCCUCAGAAGUCAGCCUUCAGUGCAGCUGGAACAGAUCAAUGUUUUAAGCGUAUUUACAAAUGUCCUCAGCUGAUAAUCCAUUUAAUAAAAAGUCCAAUUUUUCUGAGUUUUAUAGAGGAUUUUCAGAUGAAAAAUUACAACUCACUGCAGAUUUAGUGGAGGGCUACUUCUUGUUGGUCAGUAAAGUAUGACGCCACAGCAUUUCAAAAACACUAGCAAUUGUUCAGAGGGACGACCGAUCCAAAAACAAGCACACUCUCAGGGAUAUCCUUUUAAAAGAAAAAAAAAUAUUCCCAGUCAUUUAUAAUAUGGGUAAAACUGCCAAAACAAACUGAGAAAUCUGUUUCUCCAGACCAGAAAAGUUACUGUGAGUCUAAGGAAAGAGGUACUCUGAGCAAAUGAAUAAAUGUUAUUAAUAACCCCCCACUCCCUACAUUUGUAGUAGUGCAGAUUAGCAGCUACAUACCUGUACCGUUACAUAAGUGCUUUUUCAGACAUAGAAACUUGGAAACGUUUGCGGGUAAACAGUCGGCACUGAAUGGUAUUGGAUGCAGCUGAUUAGUCAGCUGACAGGGCUUAUCCAAUCAACUGCAAUAUAUGCCACAUCCAGCUGGAGUGCAUGGUUUAUGACCUGAGGGUUAUAAGAGAACGGAUAUCACGCAUUGGUCUUCUGGAUCUAAGAUUUGGGGAAUGGGGGUAAAAUAAUACAUAAUAUUUGCCAUUUCUCCUUAAAAUUAUUUUCAGCUUUUUUUCUAUCGUCCAUGAAAUAAGUGAACCAAGAAAGACUGCCUGCCGUUAAAAUGGAUUCUACCACUCUUUUGUUUUAUUGUACAUCAUUACUUAAAUGUGUGAAGAGCCUAAACACAAUCAACAAAUAACACAACAAUUCUCCGUCUUCUACAGAACCUUGGUGAGACAGCUGUGUGGAAAGCAGGUGUAGAUUAAUAGCUGUAACUCUUCAGCGUGCCUGUUGUUUUUUAAUGUAAGAAAACAAGUGAAAGACAAAGGAUGCAAUGACAGAUGUCAUUUUUUUUAUUAUUGUAUGUUUUUCAUUUUAUAUAUAUCUGUGUUAAAUUAGGCAUUGUGUCUUACUCUGUUCAAUAACUGUCUCACUUAUCAUUUCACAACUUUGUAUAUAUUUCCAUUAAAACUUGGAGUUAAUGGACCUUAAGGUCACUUUAA